UUUCACAGCUGAAAAACGCUGGAAUGAUGAAUAUCAUUGAAGCUGAUCUAACAUGUAUUUCAGGAGACUCUACUGGCUGGAGCCAGGAAUAUUUAUUCAGAUCCUAAACGGGAGUCUUCAAAAGAUCUUCCAACAUUUGGAAAAUGCAAGGUCAACACUUAUGAAAAGCUUAAAAGAGUCCCAAGAUUUGUCUUCCUCCGGCUCUGACAUUGUGGGUACAAUGGGAAACCGUUCUUCUGACUCCAGCAUGUCUUCUGUAUCAUACAGUGACAGCUCGAACCCAUCCCUUCCAGUCUUUCUUGGAGGAGCAACGUGGCAAUUCCGGAGCCAUAGCUUCCCUGCUUUCUCCCGAAAGGAACCGCCUGCUCCCAGGAGCCAGGGCUCAUCCCUGCCUACUUAAGAAAUCUGUUUUGAAUGAGAGCCCAGGCCCCCUAGUAUGGGGUCCACUCCAGCUCUCUCCUUUAGUCAGAGGAGAACUGGAAGGACAUAUGUCACAUAAGGUUUCUACUUUGCGGGCACAAGCGGUGCAUCUGCCUGUGAAGAAAUCCUGGGAAAUAUGUAACGAAUUGAUGAAUGUACAAGGAGUCCCUGAACAAGGGCUUCCCAAAACUCAGUUACCUACACUCCUCCCUCAGAGGGCUGAGCAAAAUACCAACCGAUCUCCAGAUGCUCCAUCGUUUCAUGUCCAUGUAAACAUUGGAGUGAAUUCUGAAUUAAGCAGGACGGAAGUGUCACAGCCGCUGACCUCAAACAAGCAGUUACAGUCUGCGAAUGACCACCAGGUUCUUAGCUACAACCCUGUAGUGAUAUCAAUGGGCACUCCAGCUCCCAUUAACAUAGUUCAGCUUUACUGAAAAAGGAUCCAAGGCAUGUGUUAGAGCUGAAUAUAGAUCAGAGGGUCCUCGGUCUUCCAGAACAAAGGAUACAGCCACAAAGGGCACAAGGAACUGACGUGGAACUGACAGCCCAGGUACCACGCUCAGCCACGGACAGCAUAAAGGUCACUCCAGUGGCAUUGCUUCAGAUUAUGGGCUUGAUGGGAAUGAUCCCAGAAUCACACACGCAGGUAGAUAGACUGUGUGGGGUUUCCCCCGCAGCCACCAAAUCAAGCAGAAACAGUGAAUCUAACUCCUCAGCCAUCAGAUCAAGUAAACAGUAAAAAUUCUUCAGUAUUCAGCUACGGAAUCAAAGAGUACGGCCUUAAGACAGAGUCCAGUCACAGAUAAUAUGAAGGUAACUCCUGCAAAAUUGCUCCAUGUCAUGGAUUCCAUGGGGAUGAUUAAUGAAUUACACCCACAUGUCAUAGAACCAGCAGAAAUAGCCCCAAAGCCACAAUACCAAGUCAUGGAAUCGGCAAGGUGGAUACAUUGCAUGGCCACCAAGCCAUACUACCAGAAGAUAAGAGUCCUAUCAGUCUUAUCAUUCUUACAAAAUGAGGAAUCUAUAAAUGUCCUACAGUCGUCUCUAGGAGAGGUAGGUCCUGAAAAGACAAAGCCAUAGUCAGGGCCACAAGUCCAUCCCCGAAGGAACUGAUUGAGGAGACACAGCCCCCGAAAGUGAAAUCUGUGCAUUUAAAUCUAGGCCCACAGCAGCUAAGUAUCAAAUCUGGGUUGAUUCCAGGGCCACAACUGCAAAGUGUCAGAUUUCCAAAGUUCUACCAAGGGGGAAAACGAGGAAAUGUCAUCUCAGGCCCCCCACGUUAUGGUGUGAAAUCUGAUGAGGCACGAUCACGUUCCCCAGUACCAGAAAUCAGAUCAUCAGAUUGUAUCCCGGGGCCAAAUCUUCCAGAAGCAAAACUGCAACAUGUGAAGCCUGUGGAAGUAAAUGUAGGACCAUGCUCGCAAGCUGUGAAAUUCUCUGAUCUGACCCCUGAGCCCAAGCACCAAGGUUUCAGAUGUACACAGGUCACACCAGGUAUUCACUUUCAAGAUAGGAAGUCUCAGGGACUUUUGCCUGAAUUAUUUUUUUCUAAAAUAAUUCAAGAAGAAAAAUCUGUAGGGUUGCAUCUUGAGCCACAGUCACAGCAAGUAAAAACCUCUCCGUUAGCACUAGGGCUUCAGAAAACAAAAACUUUGAACUUAACAUCAGAGCCACAACCUCAAGGAAUCAAAACUGUGGAUCAAAACAAAGAUCCACUGGUUGGAAGUGUAAGAUCUGUUCAGUGGAUACCAGGACCUGAGUUCCACAGCAUGAAGUGUUUAGGGUUAAAUCAUGGGUCACAAUCUCAAGGUGUCAAAUCUACAGAACAGAAAACGUCCAUACAGUUGGGAGGUGUGAAGCCAUCAGAGCCACCAAGCCAUACUACCAGAAGAUAAGAGUCCUAUCAGUCUUAUCAUUCUUACAAAAUGAGGAAUCUAUAAAUGUCCUACAGUCAUCUCUAGGAGAGGUAGGUCCUGAAAAGACAAAGCCAGAAGUCAGGGCCUCAAACUCCAUCCCCGAAGGAACUGAUUGAGGAGACACAGCCCCCGAAAGUGAAAUCUGUGCAUUUUAAAUCUAGGCCCACAGCAGCUAAGAAUAAAUCUGCAGAUUUUAACCUUGAGCUACAGCACAUAAAAACCCCUGAGGCAGAAAGGAGAUUCAGCCUCAGAGGAUCAAAACUGUGGAUCAAAACCAAGAUCCAUCAGUUGUAAGUGUUAGAUCCGUUCAUUGGAUACCAGGACCUGAGUUCCACAGCAUGAAGUGUUUAGGGUUAAAUCGUGGGUCACAAUCUCAAGGUGUCAAAUCUACAGAACAGAAACCAUCCGUAGAAUUGGGAGGUGUGAAGCGACCUGAAACGACUGUAAGGCCAAAACUUCAAGGGAAUAAAUCUGCAGAUUUUAACCUUGAGCCAAAAGUACAGCACAUAAAAACCCCUGAGGCAUCCCCAAAACCAGAGUUACAAGAAGGGGAAAACUCAGAGCCACAGGCUGAGUGUGUAAAAAGUGUGGCAUUACACGACGGAUCAGAGCCACAGUCUGAGUGUGUAAAAAGUGUGGCAUUACACCACGGAUCAGAGCCACAGGAUGAGUGUGUAAAAAGUGUGGCAUUACACCACGGAUCAGAGCCACAGGAUGAGUGUGUAAAAAGUGUGGCAUUACACCAUGGAUUACAGCUUGAAAAUACAAAAUCUGUUCAGUGGAUCCCAGCAUCUGGCUAUCAAGCUAAGAAAUCUAUGCUGAAUCUUAGGUUACAAUCUGAAGAUGUCACAGCUAAAGAGUUAAACCCUUUGGCACAACUAAGGAAUGUGAAGACUUCUAAUGAGUUGAUUACAGGGCUGAAGUUACAAAGUAAACAACCUACAAGGUCAACCCUGGGACAACAGUCUCAUGGGUUCAAAACUAUUGAUUUUAAAUCGGAGCACCAGUUUAGAAGUAUGAAAGGAUGUGACCCAAACUUAAGGUCAAAGAUUAACAAUAUAAAAUUCACAUUUGAACCCAGGUUUCACUUAGAAGUCACAGGCUGUCCCGGAUUGAACCCUGGAAUGCAGCCACAAGAAGUGACCUUAGGGUCACCCCCAGGAACACAACCUCAAUCUGUGACAUCUUUAGUGUUUAAACAAGAGUCACAGGCCUCAGAAGCGAACUAUGGGGUAUUAAGCCAAAGGGCACAACCACAAAGCAGUAUGGAGUUAAAAAGUGCAAAAUCUUCUGAGUUGGCACUUCAGACAAAGCCUUGGGAUAUAAAAUCAGAGAUCAACUCUGGGCCCCAAUGGCAAAGUGCAGAAUGUUCUGACUUGACACCUGAAACAGAGUCCCAAAAUAUGAAAUGUAUCACGUCAAGUCAAGGUAAGCCAUUUGCCAAUCAAAGUGUCCAGCUAGACUGUAAACAUGGGUCACAGUGGCAAGGUAUAAAAUCCAAUCCAGGUCUGACGACAAAGUCCCAAGAUAUGGAAAUGGAAGACUGUGAAUCAGGCCCACAGUUACAAGAUCUGAAAUCUUCAAGGACAAUCAUGGGUAUAAAGGUCCAAGAUGUCAUAUCUAUGGGCUUUACUCCUGGACCACAAUUACAAGGUAUGCCAUCUGAAGUCCUUACAGAGAAGAGGGUUCAUGGUGUGAAACUGGUAGAAAGCAAACCUAGUUCAAAGUUACAAGGUAAGAAACCUGAUUUCACCCCAAAGAAGAUGUUUUUAGGCACAAAAUCAGUAGGGCUGGACUCAGUGUCCCCUUUACAAGAUUUGAAAUAUGCUGAGCAGAUCUUGGGUAUGAAACUUCAAGAUGUGAACUCUAUGAAACAUCACGUUACAAGUAUAAAAUCUCCCGAGCUGGUAACACAGAUAAAAUCCCAAGGCAUAAAAGCAAUGGACUUUAAUUCAGGAUCACAGCCACAAAAUAAAAAGCCGUCUGAGUUGGCUCAUGGGAAAAAGCUCCAAAGUAUGGAAUCUUUGAUAGUGGAGUCAAAGUCCCCAAAUGGGGAAUCUGUGGAGUUAAACUUGGGCCCUCAGUUACAAGAUGAGAAAUCUAAGUCAGUUCUGGGGAUAAAGCAGGAAGAUGCAAGAUCUACAGAGGUCAGUUCUAGCCCAUGCUUGCAGGGUAUGAGGUCUUCUGAAGUAUUUUCAGAGGACAUGCUUCAAGGAGAGAAACCCAAGGGCUUUGUGGCCCAGUCACGGUGGCAGAAUGCAAAAUCUCUUAGGCAGACUUUCGGCAAGGCACUUGACAGGAAGCUUUUGCAGCUGAAAAUCCCUCAGUUCCAGAAUGGGAAAGGAUCCGUGUUAACCCCAGAAUUACAUCUUCAAGGUAUGGAACCUGAGGCAGUCAAACCUGGAUGGAAGUUGAAAGGCAGGCAACCCAAGCCUACAAAUGUCCAAGCAGUGAAGGAUAUGGGGAUCAAUCAUGGUGCAGAAUUGCAGGUUGUGGGAUUUGCCGAGCAGGACUCGGACUCCACAAUUUAUAGUGUGGUACCUUCUGAACUCAGUGCCAGAAACCUGAAGCAAGAUGGGAAAUUUCACAAAUUAAGUCAAAAGCAACAGCUUCAAAGUAUAAAACCGGUAGUCUUCAGUCAUGAGCCACAUUCGCAACAUAUCCAGUCAUCAGAAGUAUGUACAAAGCUUCCCGAUCUGAAAUCUAUAGAAUACAACUCAGAGCAACAGGUGCGAGAGAGAAAAGCUCCUGAUGUGUGCACAGAGUCCAAGCUGUCAGAUGAAUCAUCUCUGGAAUUUACGUCUCGAUUGCAAGGACCAAAAUUGCAAUGUGUAGAUUCUACUGUGUGCAGUCAUGACCCAAAUUUGCAAGAUGUAAAUUCUUCUGCACGCACUUCAGUGUCAAGUCCUCCGUGUGUGAAUUCUUCCGUAUGCACCCCAGGACCAAGUCCUCCAUGUGUAAAUUCUUCCAUAUGCACCCCGGAGCCAAGUCCUCCGUGUGUGAAUUCUUCUGUAUGCACCCCAGAGCCAAGUCCUCCGUGUAUGAAUUCCACUGAGUGCAAUUCUAAAGCACAUUUUCAAGGUGUGAAUUCUUCUGCAUGCAUUCCAAGCCAAAACCCUCAGUGUGAACGUUCUAAUAGGAAUAAUCUUGGGCCACUUCUUCAAGGAAUGCAUUCUGGUACAACAUUUCCAGCACCACAAAUGAUGUGUGUAAAUUCUGUUUGGUGCAGUGUCCAAAAACAAUUGCAAAAUGUGAAUUCUUCUGCAUGUACUCGAAGACAAGAAUCACAGUCUGCAAAUUCUAUGGGCUACAACCCUGGGCCACAUUUAGAAGCUCCUAAACUUCAAGGUAUGAAGUUUCCUGAGUUGAACCCAGGGACAGGAAUUCAAAGAGAGAUGCCUAUAACAGUUAACCCAGGACAGCACUUGCAAGAUUUAAGGCUUGAAUUAACUCCAGGGUCAAAUGUUGCAGGUAUAGCACCUGCAGAAUACAACCCUGGGCCACAGGAACAAUGUGUGACUUUUUCUGAAUUGAAUCCAGGAUUAGAAUUACAAUGCAUAAAUUUAGCGAAGCUUGGUUCAGGGCCACAGUUGCAAAACAUAAAGUCCUUUGCAUGGACUACUGGACCAGAAUCUCAGUGUACAAGAUCUGUUCUAUUGAGCCGUGGACCCCCUUUUCAAGGUGUGAAGCCAUCUAAUUUAUCGGUAGGGGAAAAGUUUCAAGAGAUCCCAUUUUUGAAGAAGCAAUUUGGGUCACGGCAGCAAACUGCACAACCCAUGUUGACUCCGAAGCCUCAGUCAACUGGUGUGGACUCUGUGGAAGUUUUACCAACACCACUGCCUGAAGAUAAAAUAUUUCCAGAGAUGAGCAAACAGCCAUUGCUGUUCCUGCCACGAAGUGAAAACUCUGUGGGCUUAUCACCAAGUCCAUUCCUUCAAAAUGUGACAUUUGGGAACCAAAUUCCCCAAACAAAUAAUCAAAUCACAGAACCCUCUAAGGUGACAGGCAGACCAGCAAACCACCUGGUAGACUAUGCAGAGAUGAACACGAAGAUCAGGUACUAAGCCCCUAAAUUGGUGAAUUAUAUUCCGCUGCCCAUUUAUCAAGAAGAUGUGGGAUCUUCAGAAAUGAUGAAAGGGUUGGGACACAAAAGCACAGAAACAACAGAGAAAUCUAUGAGGUUGACCCCCAAGCCAACGGAUACAGUCACAGGAUCAUUGGGGAUGCUGCAGCAGCCAGAGCUUCAAGUGCCAGGAUCACCCUAAGUGAUCAAGAUUCAAAUGCCUCAGAACUGACCCCACAGAAAAACUAUCAGAGCCUAGAAACCCUGGAGUUGCUUUCUUGUUCGUGGCCUCAAGUGAAAGAUUUCAAGCAGUCACAGACCCAACCAGCCACAGGAUCUAAGAGCAUGACCCUCGACCUCAAGAAUCAUGCCACAGAAAUGACGGGGCUAACUUGUAAGAUAAGACAACAAGGGAAAGAAUUUCUUAGAGUGUCUUCAACGCCAGUAAACAGAGAGACUGAAUGUGUUGAAAAAUCUCCACGGCCAUAUCCUCAAGACUUAGAACCUGUGAUGGGGAGCUCCGAGAAAAGAUCCCCAAGGGAACAAUCUGUAGCCUCGUCACCAAGGCCAUUCUAUCAUGUUCCGGAUUCUGCUCCAGGGAUAACACCAGGACCUCAGAUUCCCAAAUCUGUAGGUUUGAUCUCUAAGCCAUGGCUGCAAAGGGAAAAAUCCUUAGAGUUGACCACCCAGCCAACCAAUCAAGUUGUGGGAAAUACAGCCUCUGUAGAGCUCACGUUUGAGGAAUGUCAGACAGAAGAGGUAGGAAGUGGUCUACCAACUCCCCAGAAGGCGAGCAUUGAAAAAGCGAACGUCACUCCAAUAGAAUCACUGGAUCAGAUUAUAAACUUUGUAACGGUCAGCCCAAAGCCACUCAAUCAAAUCUCUGAGAACCUGCAAAGACAUAGCUUCAAGUUCCUCAAGUCUCUAAAUCUCUGACAGUGAUUCCUGGACCACCACUUCAAGUUAUAGAGUCAGUGAUGAUACCGGAGCCAACCUCUCAAGGGUCAAAAUAUGUUGAUUUGACUCCCAAACUGCACGAUAUGAUAGUUUCAGAGGGCUGUAGAACCAAUUGGAGUUGCCACAAGAUCAAGAACUCAAGUAAAGGAUCCUUUGAAUUUGCUCCCAAGACCACAUCUUCAAGACAAGAUCUUGGUUUUAUGUUGCACAUUAGAAAAAGACCUCAAGUCUCAAAGGAUUGUGGGAGAAACAGUGGACACAUCGAAGAACCCUUCCUCAUCAUCGCACAGGAAAGCUAAAAUCUAUACUCCAGCUUCCAAGAGUCCAACUUCUACAAGAGAUUUCCAGUCCAGAUCUUCCCAGUCUCCGGCUUCUGUACCAGUUCACAGGAGGCAAAAGCAAUGGGGCAGCUGUGGUGUAGCAAGGAAGACAGAAGCCAAAGACUCUGGGCAUUAUGAAUUCUGUGAGGUUCUCUCGCGUCAGAGAGUGGUUCUGAAAGUAACCGGCAUGAAAAAUGGGCUAAGUCAAGACUCAGUAAGACCUUAGACUUAAAAUAUCCAAUGAAGAAAAUCACCAAGGAACUUAAAAAGCAAAACAUAAAGCUCUACAAAAACAGUAGACCCACAGAAGAGUGUCCUUCUGGAACACUGACAGAUCCAUCAAGAAGCAAGAGUAUCAAAACCGCUCAAACCAGCACUGUUUCUUCAAAGAGACAACCGAAGAAAUCCUCCCAGCCCGGGUUCAUCCAGCUGCUUUCUCAGGGCCUAAAGCAGGUAUUCCAAAGAGCACAUAGAGUUAUGGCUAUCACCGGAAAGAAGCCUGAGGACAGGGCUAGUCCAGACAAUUUGUGGUCAAGCAAAAACUUGUACCCCGAAGAAAAAGACGAGGAUGAUUGUUUAACAGGAAGUGGCAGAGGGGCCAGCACACCUGUUAUCAAGCAAAAGUUCAUGGGUUCCACCCCUAAGAAAGAAGACAGAUUGCAGGAAACAUGUGACCAAGCUCAACAAUCAAAACAAGUGAGCUCUCUCCAACCUAGACCUUUGGAAUUGGCCAAGAACAUUGUUUCUGAAAGGAAUGUCGUUAUCCUAGCUACUCCAAUCCUACAGCCUUUGAGUAGAGUUCUAAAUGUCAACAGCAGAACAAAGAAAAACUAUGAAUUCUUCAGUCCAGAGUCUAAGAACUGUUCUAAAGUAGGAGCCAAAUUUCAGGCCCAAGAGACACUCUUGCCUGACUCCCUUCUGAAGAGAACCAUGCAGAGUCACUUCAAACACAAGCAAGAACAACACAGGACCUAUCACAGCCUGUCUGAGAGAUCUCAUCGGAGAUGCCACAGUCCUCAGAGAAAGCCUAGGAGUCCCUCUGACAGAACCCUUAGAAGCCUCUCAGUGAGGGGAUGUCGCAGUCCCUCCCAGAGGAAGGAUGGCAGUCCCUCUAGAAGAAUCCCUCAGAGUAUCUCUGACAGGAGCCCACCCAGGCUCUCUAAGGGGAGAGGUCGCAGUCCCUCAGGGAGGAGCCAACCCAGUCCCUCGCAGUUCUUCAGGGAGCCCUCGAGAGAGAAGGGGACGUAAUCCCUCCCCCAAGGGUCUGCUUGGUCUUUAUGGGAGGAACCAACACAGUCCCCCUUUGCAGAGAUGCCGCAGCCCCUCCAUCUCAGUCCCAUCUGGAGGACAUGGGCCAGUCCUUCAGAACGGAGCCAUGUACUCUCUCUGAGAGAUCCCCUUCUUCCAGAUGCUCUGGCAGGACAAGGCAAAGCUCUUCUGGAAGAGGCUACCGCAGUCCCUCUAGGUCCAGGCUCCACAGGCCUUCUUCCGGACUCCACCGCAGCCAUUCUCAGAGAACUCACUACAGCCCCUCUGACAGCAGACGCGGUCAUUCUGGGAGGAGCCGACACUUAGAGAGGAACCAGCAAGGUCACCAUGCGAGACCCCAUCACAGCCCCAAGGGGAGGCUCCGGCACAGUUCCCCUAAGGAGAGACCCAGACAUAACUGGUCUAAAGAGUUCCUGCAAAUCUUCACCUAGCUGCCCCUUCCUGCUCAGCCACUGCCUGCACCUUCAGCAAUCAAAGAACUAUCUGGGAGGGGAGUGAGAAUGGGUUUGUAAUUUAAGAUCAAUAAAGGGAUAAUAAUUGAACUCUCUUUGCAGCUGUAAGAUCACUUGUGGGAUGGGUGGGACUGGAUGUGCAAAUGCCCGGAGCUGAAGGGUUGGGGUUCACAAGGACCCCUGAAAUCUUCAGGCUUCGCCCACUUGCUCCAAGGAGUUUCUGAUCCUCCUGCCUCCACCUCCCAAAUGCUAAAAUUAUAGGCAUGUGCUAUAAUGUCUGGCAUAUGUGGU